AUGAAGGCUAUUCGCGAGGCAGAAGAGGUGGAAACGGAACUUGGCAUUGUAUGUCGGGAAGUGAGGAAGCGACUUGAAUCAAUAGGUGGCAUAAUGAGGCAUGUAUGUCGGGAUCCUAACGCGGCAGCUCACAUAAUGGCACACUCAAAGACAAGAUGGGAUGAAGCUGAAGUGUGGUUUGACCGCCCGCCAAUAUUUUUGGUUGAUCAAUUAAGUCUGGAUAAUGUAACAACUUCGAUUGAUCAAUAA